AUGAAGUUGAUAGUUCUUGGAAGCGGUGGAUAUUAUACAACCGAUGACACACAUACUCCAUCAUAUAUGAUACCAGAAUUGGGCAUAAUUUUUGAUUCUGGAAACGGUAUACACAGAGCUCCUCAAUAUGUUGAAACUGAAACUAUUCAUAUCUUUUUGAGUCAUGCACACUUAGAUCACACAGAAGGGCUUCGUGUUGUUAAUUAUCUUUAUAAUGAUAAAUGCACAAAAAUUAUCGUUCAUGCACGAAAAGAAAUUAUUGAGGCUAUUCCUCUAUUAUUUAAUCAGCCAUUUGCAGGUGGCCAUACGAUGCCAUUUGAGUUGGAAGAAGUUGAAGCCGGAAAACCAAUUCAACUUCAAAAUGGUGUUACUAUUACAGCUUUUGAGCUCAAUCACACCUCUCCAAACUUUGGAUAUAGAUUAGACACACCGAAAAGGUCAAUGGCAUAUGUUACAGAUACAACAUUUAUACCAGAAAAAGAUUAUACUCCACAUCUUCAUAACUUAGACCUUCUUUUACAUGAAUGCUAUGCAACAGCAGGUGAUGUUCAGCAGGCUGUUGAAAUGGGCCAUACUUGCCCCGAACAAUUUGUUUCUAUUUGUAAAGCUACAAAUCCAAAGAAGGCUUAUACAAUUCACCACCGACCAAAGGGUGGAAAGGAAGAAAAUAUAGAAUUUAUUAAGAAAGAAUUUCCAAAUGCCUUCAUGGCCGUUGAUAAACAAAUAAUUGAAUUUUAA